AGAAAACAUUCAUAGAAUGCUUUAAUUAGCAUCAUUUAAAUUCGGGUCGACAAUAUUUUGUCCUGGAAAUAUAGUAUUUACGAUCUUCUCACACAGACUGCCGUUAUUUUCAAAUGAAUGAUUUUUGACUUAAAAAGUUCAGAAAAUAUGACUUGAGUAGAAACAUUUAAGAAUAUGGAAAUUUAUGAUAAAAAGAAGUCAUUUUUGACACGCCAGAUCCAGCUUUUGUCGCACCCUUUACAAAUUCCCAAAAAGUUGCAUACACAGUCAGAAUCAAAUGAUUUAAACGAGUCGGUUGUAGAACGGGUUUUCCAAAGAUUACAUUUGAGAGUGAAAAGACACAUACGAUUCAACUACUCACAGCAAGCAACUCAACAUGUUGCAGCUCAAAUAAGGAAGCUUUACGAACAAAGUACUCAACUUGAAGACUUAUCCUCACUUCCUCACUAUUUGUAUGGCGAGUUUGAUUUGCGUGACAUUGUAAGUUUGCAAGAUUUACCUCACCCUUGGCCAUUUCAAAUAGAGCAAAAUGAGCAAGAAAAGCAAAGUCAGCAGGAUCGAUACGACAUGCAAAUUGGAGAACUAAUUUCUUUAUUGUCUGCUCUAGACCAAAUAAAACAAGAACGAAAAGUCUUAGAGGACUACCGAAUGUCUCUAGAGCCGUUUCUAGAUACUUCUCAAUCGCCUGAAAGACAACAAUGGAAAAAGAACCCAGAAUUGUCGGCCCUUCUUUCCUCAGUCAACGUCGCAAUUGCUAAAACCAGUGCUCGUCUCCGGGAUGUCCCUUUUAUGCCUUCUUCAAAUUCAGCAACUAGAGAUCAGAUUUUUCCCCUUGAAAAGAAACUAAAGGACCAGCAUUUUCGCAAUCCUUGAUUCCGUGAGCACAGGAUACGCUGAAAAGCUCGUUGAUGAAUGACAUUCUGAUUAUAAUCAUUGAUCUUUAGGUUUUUAAUUUUGAGUAUCCUAUGAAAGGAAAACCUGGUCCCUUAAUCUAAAAUUACCUAUUCAUGAUUCAAGGAUUUUGCGAAAUCUAGCUGUCAAUUUUAAUUCGCACCUGAAACCUAAUCUCAUAUUUUUUAAACAACUUGUACAUUAAGUUUUGUAUAUUUGCGAUUAACGGAUUCCGACUGUUAAAGCAAAGCGAAUCCACAGAAUGAUGGUCGACUACAAAUUACAAAAUUAUGUAAAAAAAA